AUCCGGCCGCCCCGAGGCCUCGUCCUCGUCGUCGUCGUCGUCGGCGAGCCGCCGCCGCCGCCAUCAUGACGGACCGCUACACCAUCCACAGCCAGCUGGAGCACCUGCAGUCCAAGUACAUCGGGACGGGCCACGCCGACACCACCAAGUGGGAGUGGCUGGUGAACCAGCACCGGGACUCCUACUGCUCCUACAUGGGACACUUCGACCUCCUCAACUACUUCGCCAUCGCCGAGAACGAGAGCAAGGCCCGCGUCCGCUUCAACCUCAUGGAGAAGAUGCUGCAGCCCUGCGGGCCGCCCGCCGACAAGCCCGAGGAGAACUGACGCGACGCCCCGGGACCCCGGACGACCCGGACUCCCAGUCACCCCCCGGGACCCCGGGGACCCCGGCCUCCCAGUGACCCCCCGGGCCUUCCUCUGCCCACCGAAGAAGAGCUGACCCUCCGAGACCCUAGAAUGCCCA